AUGGCUCGCCCCAGCGGCCUCGCGUCGGACCACCAUCCAGAAGGCCCUGGCGAUGCUCCUCGCCGCCGAAAGGCUCGCAAGAGCACGCCGUCCGUCGACCUCUCACAAAACAGCAAGCGCCCUGCCUCGCCCUCGGGCGGGCAAUCGUCACCCGCGGCCAAGCGCGUGCGGAUGGCAUCCGACGAUCACGAUCAACUGGCCCGCGAGAUGGAGGAGUCUGUCUCCCGCGCACAGUCACAAACGCCAAUCACCGUUCGCAAGACGAUUAUCCGCCAUGCCCGCCGCAACUCGGAGCCCGUGGUCGCCUUUGCCGACGACGAGGAGGACGAAGACGAGGAUGACAUGCAGUUGACACCAUCAGCCUCGACCCAGCCACUGCCUGGCCUCACGCCCCAUCUUCGCCGUAUUGGAGCCCCCCGGGGCCGACCCACCAAUGCCACCCGCCGUGCCCGCAUGUCGAUGCCCGCCCAGAUUCGCGUGGAGUCGGUCGACGAGAGCAACGGCAGCCAGAUCCAGUUCGCGCCGUUCAAGGCAACCAUUGACAGUCGCACCCGCCGCAGGCUCAAGCGCAACCACCUUGCCGAAGAGUACAACGAUCUGGAAUACCAUCAGAAGGAGGAUCAGAGGCUGCGAAAGGCCUACAUCGAGCUGAGCAACCAGCUCAAGGAGAAGAACGCCCAAAUCAAGGAGCUAGAAUACCAGAUCGAGGCUCGUCGCCUGGGCGAGAUCAACCUGACUGACGAUCAGACUGAAGAUCUGCGCGAGCAGCUUGGUAGAGCGCGAGAGGAAAUUGAGGAGCUGCGUGCGUCUUCAGUCUACCGCGGCGACUCACGCGAGACGAGCGCGUUUGACCAUAACAUGAUGGACGGCGCUUUUGACGAUGAUGACGACGAACCGUUCUUGGCCAUCGAUCCCAACGACCCCGAUGGCCCCGACAUGGAAGAUGCAGAGCCUCUGCCAAUGGGCGAGUACGCUACGCGUGUACAGGCGCUGUCAAGCCAGGUCACUGUCGAUUCAUUGAGGACGCUUACACAGACUAGCUAUGACUCUUUGGCCGAAGUAUCGCAGAUGGAUCCCACUUCAGUCCCGGAUAGGAUCUCUGACAAGGCGAUCAAGCGGUAUGAAACUGAGAUCGACCGGCUUGUUGAGCAGCUGGCCGAGGCGCAAGGCGCACUACGCGUCCUCUCUAUCGAGCUUCAAAACCUCGAUAUCCUGGCACCAGGCGCGUCGACGGAUACCAUUCUCGCCGAGACCCGUCGUGUCUUCGAAGAUCUUCGUGAGGAGAUGGAGAAUUUGCUGCCUGGGUGCUCUCUUGGCCUCACUCAGGCUGCAUUCCUACGCAAGCUACCCACACUGUUCGAGGGCCUCCUAUCUGAGCUGGGCGAGAAGACGACCGUAGCUGAGCAGCACUAUCAAGAGGCUCGCGUCAUGCGCGCUCAGUAUGAGAAUUCUCUGGGCCUCUUGGAACGCUCUGAAGCCCGCAACGAUGACCUUGAUAACAGGAUUGCUGACUUGCAGCGAGGCAAUGAUGGUCUUCGCACGGAAAUCGCGGACCUCGAUGAGCGUGUGGCCACCUUGGACGCGCUCACUAACCAGCAGGAUGCGGAUCUCAAAGCGAAGGAUAGCCAGAUGCACGGCCUCCAGGACGAAGUCCAGGACAAAGAGACGGAUCUCACCCGCCUUCGGGAUUCGCUAGAGAAGUACCGCGCCGAGCUCGCCAACGUCAUUGAGACAACGAACCGCACGGAGGCGCAGUUCAAGGAGACUAUCGCGGAGAUGCAGCAAGAACAUGCCGCUGAGAUUCUUGAGCUGCAGACCCGAUUACAGGACGAAAAUGCACUUCACCUACAGGCGCAAGGCGAAGCAGAGCAAAAGUCCGAGUAUAUCGAUGAGCUCCAGGACCACAUCAAGGGCAUCGAGGAACAAGUGACUGCCCUCGCAGAAGAUCUGGAACAGCUCCGCAACCGCCUCGUCACCGAAACUGAGGAGCAUGACCAGUCCAAGGUCCUUCUCCAAGAGGAGCAAGACCGUGUCUACGCUCUAGAGAACCAGAUCGAGAAUCUGGAGGACAAGAUUGAGCACCUGACGGCUGAGCUUGCCGAGACUCAUGCCAAUUUGGAUGCGGAGCGUGCCCAGCGAGAAAAGACUGAAGUCUUGCUCGAUGAGGCAAACACGCAGAUUGCAGAUCUGCAGGAACGCCUCCGUGCUGAAGGACUGGAGUCUCAAGGUCUCCGAUCCAAGCUGUUCCAGGUCCAGCUGGAGCGGGAGGAAACGAUGAAGAACCUGGAGGAAGAUGCUCGGGAACGCGAGUCUGCCUUACAAGAGUCCAUUGACACCCAGACACAGGGCCGUCAGACUGCCGAGCAGAUUGUGGCUGAUUUAGAGCUGCGCGUUACCGAGCUAGAGGCGGCCAUCGCUGCUCGAGACGAAGAAGUCGCCCGCUUGACCCAGGAACUCGCCGAUACCGAGAAGGACCGUGAUGAGCACAUCGCAGACCUGGAAUCGCAGCUCGCCGAUCUGAAGCAGAAAUACGCUGCUUUGGAGAACACCUCCAACAGCACGAUCACUUCCCUACAAGCCAACAUCACUGAUUUGACAAACGAGGUGAAUGCACAGAAGGCUGAGAUUGAGCGUAUAACGGCUGAGGCCGCUGAUACCGAGCGUGACUUGCGUGAGGAGUUGGCUCAGAAGGAGCAAGAGGUGGCCCAGCGAAACCAGGAGUAUGCAGAACUCCAAAACAAGUAUACUCAGCUUGAGGAGGAGCACACGCAGUCAAUUGAGACCUUCUCCACUGAGCAAUUCCACUUCACACGUCUACAAGAGAAGUGGAUCCGGGGACAGCAGACCAUGGAGGAGAAGAUCCAGACCCUGGAGGCACGCAUUCGCGACUUGGAGGCUGCAGCGGCUCAGGCUGUGCUCGACCACGAAUCCGCUAUCCGCGAGAAGGAGACCGAGAUCCAACAGCUCCACCUCCUGGCCGACACUCGCGCCGAGACCAUCGUUGAGAUGAGUGCCCAGAUCGACACGCUCAAGGAGACCUUCGCUCAGCAAGAGCUCGACUCCCGCCAAACAAUCGACACCCUCCUUGACUCCCAGCGCCUACUUCAAGAACAGAACGAGGACCUCGCCAACUCGCUCAAGAAGCGCAACGCCGAGACCCUGGAGGCCGUGCAGGCUAUGCAGGUCAAGGGCGUGGUGGUGAAGAAGCAAAACACUAACCUCAACAAGGUUGCCAACGGCAAGGUGACCAAGGUUAGCGAACGCGUCAAGAUCGGCAAGAAGAGCCGGGCCGGCAAGAUUGUCAAGGAACGCAAGUGGAGGGACUCUGGGUUCGGUGCCGACUCAGACAUCGAGAAUGAGGAGGUCGAUUUCGACGAGCCUGCACCUGAGGCAAUCGUUGGUUAG